GCCAACCGUGAUAAAAUUGUGGGAAACUAUGGGUAAUAAUGACAGCUAUUGCUAGUUAGGUAAAAAAUAAUCAACCAACGCUUCAUCAAAUCCGAAUCCGUUUGUUCGAUGGUAAGAAACAAGGAAAGGAAAGCAAAAUAUCAACGAAUUGAAUAUCUUCCCAUUUUUAAAGUCGGGUGAUGAGUUUAACUGGGAUCGAAAGUACGAUCGAUUUAACUCAUCUUUGCGUCCAGCGUUAUGUCUUGGAACCCUUAUAAAUACAAUGAUGUUGUGUAACAAUAUAAUACAGAUUGAAGUUCCAAUAAUACACGAUCGCUAUAAUCUCACGCACACAUAGCGACGUGCGCACAUAUGGGUUGAAUAAUCUGUAGAAGAAUUGAUUACUCUGGAUUCAAAGGGGCUGAUCGGGUUUAGAUAAUUUUAGGCUCCGCUUGCGGCUUUUGUUAUAGUUAAUAUGUUGGGUGAAUAGUCUUAAAGUCUAUGUAGAUUUUAAUUGAAUGCAUAUCACCUCUAUUUUUAUGAAAAUAAUCGUUUCCAUGGUUACUAAUGGGUAUCAGUUGUUAUGUCAAUAUUGUUUGUGACAGACGACAGACAAUCGACGCCCAAAAGAAGUAAAUAUUACAAGUCGUAAUUUUAUUUAUAUAAGGUUGCUGUGUAAGUUGCUGUGAAAAUGGAUAAGCCUUUAACUCAGGACGACUUCGCAGCGAUCGAGGAUCAGUUGAAGGAUUGCGUGGAACAGGACAGGAAGUAUUGGAGAGUCAACGAUGUGAAGUGUGACGCAAUAUAUACAGCAAAGACUUAUGAGGAGUUUGCGGAUCGCGUGGCCGCUGCACACCUGCGCCCUCUAGAGCGCAGUGACUACCAGAAGAAGAAGAGCAGUGGGUGGAACCAGUAUGCUCUGAGAGAAAAGAAGGAAUAUGAUGAAUAAACUCAUGUAGAAUUAUGAUGA